AUACUCAAUUAAGCGUAAAAAAGUAUAGUAAGUUACCUCAUUCGACCAUGUUCCGAGCAUUCUUCACUUUGUGUGUAACGUUGCUGGCCCUUUUGAGAGUCGUCGCGUACUUCCCUCAAAACCAAGAUUUUCGUAGACCCGAUCUUGUUCUUCUACGAAGAGUCCCAUUUACUAGGCCAAUAUGCAUUUCUGGGGCGAUUGUCACGAGAUAUCCCAUAGAAGGUAACCAUCGCCGCGAUCAUGUUCGUCACGGGCAUCAGAACCUUGACGACUUACAAAUCCGAAGAUUCAAAGGUCUGAACUGUAAUCCAAGAUGGUUGUGCGACAUCUUCACGAAGAGGUGCACAUUAUUCGAAAAAAGAAAUGAAACGCAAACAUGAAUUACUGAAAUUGAAAUAAAUUAGGUGUUGAGGGAUUUAGAAA